AUGUUGAGUGGCAACACCGAAGGAAAACCUCGAUCAAAGGAGAGACAGUUUGAUUUCUCCAGUUACCCUUCACGGAAGAUUGCUCUGCGGUUAGCUUACCAUGGUCACAUAUAUUGCGGGUUAGUGAGACAGGCGGAGACGCCUAACACCGUAGAGGCAUAUUUAGUUGCUGCGCUGGAACGACUUCGAUUUGUGGAGCCUUCAGGACCUAAAGAUUUCUCACGUUGUGGUCGAACGGAUAAGGGAGUGAGUGCGCUUGGAAAUGUAGUGUCAUUUACGUCGCGAGCAUCCUCUUGGGCGACGGACGAACAGCAACAGCCACCGUUAGAUUACUGCGAAAAACUGAAUAACGUCCUCCCACCAACCAUCCGUAUUGUUGGAUGGUCAUAUGUGAACGCUGAUUUUGAUGCCCGUUUUUCAUGCACUGGGCGAACAUAUCGUUAUUACUUUUGUAAUCGGGGACUCAAUCUGGAAGCGAUGCGCAAGGCUGUAGGGUACUUGAAGGGUGUGCAUAACUUUCGAAACUUUUGUAAAACGGAUGUUGUGAACGUGAAUAACUACGAGCGCCAUGUUCGUCACGCAGAUAUUGUAGGUAGUGAUAUGUUGCCCGAUUUGGUAUCUUACUUUGAAAUCGAAGCAAACUCAUUUCUAUAUAAUCAGAUACGAUGCACUAUGGAGGUACUCUUUCUCGUUGGUCGUUGUUUAGAGGAACCUGAAGUGGUGAAGCAACUCUUAGACUGCGGGGACCGAAAACCCGUGUAUCCUCUUGCCGACGCAACACCGCUUGUGUUGUGGGAGUGUCACUUUGAAGGUGUACGAUGGAACAUAUCUCAACGCGCGUGUCUCAAUGCGGAAAGUGAGUUACUAGACAUCGCAACUGCGCUUUUGAUACGGUCUACGGUAGCGUUUUCCAUGAGAUCCCAGUUGUUUGCCUGGUAUAGCGAACACACUGACGAUAACGGUGAGGCAAUUUUCUUUGAAGGGCAGAAUCAAGGGAUUUGUCCCGGGGAUCAGUGGUCUGUUGUUGGUAGCGACUGGACGGAUGAACGCACACACAAUAGCCUUCGUGUGCGUAAGUCGGAUAUAUUCGCUCUUUCUAAGAAAGUAAAAAUGGGUUCGAAGGGGCCCUUAACGAGUAAGCCUUACACUAAGUUGCUUGACAGAGAAACUGAACGUACUUUUGAGGAAGAGGUGGAGCUUCUCAGUGCGAAGAAGCGUGCUAGAUUUGAAGUCAACAUGGAGAAGAAAAAGUUCCACGAGGAACAUCGGUGUGGUAACCCAACUUAA